UUGUAUUUGAUGUAAGCGGGCCAAUAUUUUGUAAACAAAUACUGCCAAACCAUUCGAAAUAUUUAGUGCCGUUGCGUUUUGGUUUUAAUUUUAAAUAUGAAAGACCUCUUUAACCGAUAUAAAAUACACUGUAUUGUCUGUUUAUUGUUAAUUGCUUAUUUUAUAUUUCUGACCGGUUUCUUUCCUGUGAAAUUAAGCGUGUCUACUAACAGUCAGCGAACAAAUGGAACUUUUCAUGGAAAACAAAUUUCAAUACCCAACGCUGUAUAUGACAAAGUUGUAAUGGUCCUUAUUGAUGCUUUAAGAGCGGAUUUCGUCUUCGAUAAUGAUUAUAUGCCCUUUAUUUCUGAGAAAGGCAGAGGUGGACAAAGUCGUAGAUAUAUUGUGAAAUCACAUCCUCCCACCGUGACUCUACCAAGAAUAAAGGCCCUGACCUCCGGAAGUAUUCCUGGCUUCGUAGACGUUGUAUUGAACUUCGACUCUAGCAGCUUGUCAGAAGACAACAUAAUUACGCAAGGACUCAACCAUGGCAGAAAGAUUGUUUUCUAUGGGGAUGAUACAUGGAUCAAGCUCUUUCCAGAGCAUUUUAUACGAUCUGAGGGAACAACCUCUUUCUUUGUCACAGAUUACACGGAGGUGGACAACAACGUAACUCGACACCUAGACAUGGAGCUGUCACUGGAUGACUGGGACAUCAUGGUGCUUCACUACCUGGGGUUGGAUCACAUCGGCCACACCGUGGGCCCCCACAGCUCCAUAGUGCCACCCAAACUACUCGAGAUGGACAGAGUAGUGGAGAAGAUAUAUACCAGUCUGGAAGAAAAGGGAGAACGCUUCCUGAUGCUGGUGUGUGGUGACCACGGGAUGUCUGACCAGGGAAGUCAUGGUGGAGCAUCAGACAGAGAGGUCUUGGUCCCAGCGGUGUUCCUCAGUCCACAGUAUAAGAAACAUGUUGAUACCUGGAGUCCUCACCACUCGCUACUGCAGAUAGAUCUGGCCCCAACUCUGUCAGUGCUGAUGAGCCUUCCACUGCCCACAAAUAACCUUGGACAGGUCAUACUAGGGGCUGUAGAUGGGCUGUCAGUCAGCCAGAAGCUAGACACUUUGUAUCUGAACUGCCAACAGAUUCAUGGACUCCUGCUGUCCAGUGUUGCAGACAUUGCUCAUGAACCGUCAUAUGAAUUGGCAGCAUAUGCCAUGGAGCUUCACAGAUCCUAUCUGAUGGAUAGCACUGGCAAACAAGCAGUGGAAGAUGUCUUCAGAAGCUAUGAGUUGGCAAUGGACGAAAUGUCAAGUAGAAUAGCCCGUUCUUUGACCACAUAUGACCUCUACAGCAUGUCUUUGGCAAUAAUUCUUCUCACUCUGUGUUUACUGACUACCAGUAUGACUUCUCAGCAAGGAUGGUGGGUGGAAAAAUCAAUGCCUGCCAUUGGUUGCCUGGCGCUGUCAAUCAUCCUGAUACUAGGUCACAUGAUGGCCUGCACCAGCCAAUCAUUUUACAGUACUCUGUUGUGUGGUUGGAGCCUUAAGUUACUCAGUCUCCAGUGUUUGCUGUUGUCAGCUGUUGGCUUGCUAGUCACUGAUCUUUGGUCACAUAAGGCUAAAUUUAUCACCAACUUGAAACAGUGGACACCAAAAGGACUUCUAGAAUGUUUUCUUUUCAUUGGAACAUUUGCACACAGUCUCAGUUUUGGAGCAAGUAGUUUUGUUGAAGAAGAGCAUCAAACCUGGUAUCACCUGACUAUAACCUUCUUACUGCUGAGCCUGGUGACUAAAAUUCAAGGUCAUUUAAAAAAGCUAUUCAUUGAAGAGGGAGAGAACAAAAGCACUAGAUACCAUGAACAAGAUCAUCUGAAUUGUGAUGGAACUGAACAAAAAAGUGCAACAGAACAAAGAACCAGUAGUUUACAACAAAUUAAUGCAUACCAAAAUGGUGUAACUAAAAGAGAACAUAUGCACAGAAGUUCAAAUGAAAUUAAUUUUAAUGAACAAAAUCAAGACAGCAAGGAAUCAAAUUAUAUGAGCAAAGAUCAACAAAAUGAUAUUCUAUUCCCUAGAAAAAGGUCUUGGAAACAUUUGUUGCCAUGGAAACCGUGUGUUGCUAUAGCAAUAGUGAUUUUGUUAGGCAGGUUGCUAAGGAUGGUAAACCAAACAGGAAACAAGUGGCUGGAUACCCCAGAUCUUGGGGACUGGUUGUUAAGACCAGAAAAUAAACUAGUUCUCUCAUACAUUGUGAUAGUCUCCUAUGCUGUGAUAUUAGUCACCAUGGUGAUAGAUUUAGGGAUCACUACAGAGACUGUGGCUUUCACUGCAGGGCUAGGACUUACCUAUUUGUAUCGUUUAAACUCCCAUGAGAUUCUGCCUUUGUUCUUUGAAAGUGGUGAACAGCAUCAAAAUUUGUAUGGCACCUUAGAAGCACGUGGUGUCUAUGCAGUAAUCCUGAUGACGAAUCUCAUUGCCCUGACAAAAUGGCUGAAAAACAUGUUUAGAAGUAGAUUUGAAAAUGGCGGCCAGACUAAGUCAGAAAGUUUAGAAAUAUUGAUCAAAAGCAAACAAUUGUACAUAACUCAUGCUAUUAGAAUUCUCAAGAUUUCUUGGGUCUUGCUAAUGUUGUUGCUUUUGCGAACACAUAACACGGUACUUGUUGCUAUGGUGAUUGUACAAGAGCAGUUGUUAGGGAAACUGUUGGUCAAAGAAAUGCGCCUGCCAGUACGGGGAUUAGCUCUUCUGUGUUGGUGGAUGGGUCAGACUGUUUUCUUUCAACAGGGUAACUCCAACAGCCUGUCCACAGUGGAUGUGUCUGCUGGGUAUGUUGGUCUCCAGGACUACCAGGCACACUGGGUCGGCAUUUUGCUGUUCUUUGCAACAUAUGCUGGGCCCAUAUUUUGGCUGAUGACGCUGGUGCAAUAUGUACUUGAAACAGAGAGUUUUUACAAGGAACACACCGUACCAGUCAGUAGAUCACCAAUGCUGGACUGUACCCAAACAUUGCUUACGGAACGUCUGUUUACGCUUCUAUGGUAUACUUUAAUUGUGACAUCACAGCGUUACCAUUUGUUCGUUUGGACGGUGUUUUCACCAAAGCUUUUGUAUGAAGGAAUGCUAACCUUUGUAUUUUUCGUGUUUGCCAUGGUUACAGCUAGGUUUUAGUAUUUAAUAUUUUAGUAAGUGCAAACAAUGCUAUUGUUUAUUAUAUUUUCAAGUCGAACUUUAAAGCUUUACUUUAUUUUCGAAGUGAUUUCAUUUAUCAAAAUUAUUUUUGUAUUUAAAAUGUUAACAAAAAAUAAACCGUAUUUAUUUAUCUAUUUAAGCAUGUUCAUGUUUUUGUGUGUAGGACCGUUAUUUCCAACUAGUGAUUAUUCUUUGUUUAACAUUUGCUCGCUGUAUACGCAUACGUAUUCAUCAUUUUUAUAUAAUGAUAUAGAAAAUCAUUAAUGAGGUGAAAACCGCAUUCAUAUCGGUAACUUGUCUCAGAUACUGGCCUUAAGUAAAAGAAUAU